AUGGAGCGCAUGAAGGCGGCUUAUGCCCUGCACAAGCAGGAGCACGAGGCAGCCGGCGGCGGCGGCGGCAACUCCGAUGGCAGCCCGGCCGCGGCGAGCGCGGCGGGGCCGUCAGCGGGCGCCAAGCGCGCCCCCAAGGCGUCAGCUGCCAAGCCGGCCGCCUCGACGGCGCCGGCCAAAAAGCAGCGGACUGUCAAGGAUAUGCUCUCUCAGGCCAACGGCCGGCAGCACAACGGCGCCCUGCAGGCCAACGGGGUGGCGAGGGCUGAGGAGGAGCCUCCGCACGUCGUGCCCGGUGGGGCGCCAGGGCCAGGGCCGGCGAUCAGGUCUUGA